AUGGCAAAAAUCACUAAACAAGAAUUUGAAAAUUAUCACCAAGAAUUUCUCUCCGCUUUUUCACGGAUAAUGUGCACUUCUGAGUUUAAAAGCAUGGGAAAAGAGGACCAAGAAAAGAUUGAAAAAAUUUUUGGCUUGCUUCUUAAUGAAAUCCAGUCAGGAAAUAUUUUAGCCCUUUAUGGUUCUUGCGAAGAAGUUGAAGGAAAGUUAAAUGAAGACUACUCUGCUAUCAAAAGACGAGUUAAGGAACACAUUAUCGCUCGCGGCUAUUAUAAUCCUGCUUCACCACUUUCUCUUGCUGAAUUUAGAGAGAGGAUGAAAAAAAGGGGCUGGAAAAAUUUUAAAGAAUUAUGGGAAAAUAAAGAACAGAUUAAAAAAUUGUUAUCGGAAAUGAAUGAAGAAAAUCGCAAUUUUAUCAAAUCUACUUUUUACCUUUUUGAACAAAUAGACGAAAUUGUUCAAGAUAAAGAAGAAAAAGAAUGA